GUUGGAAAAUGGUUAAGAUUCGAGUGUUGAGACUUUAAUUCUCAGCUGAGGAUUGCAAGAACUGAGAGUCUCAGUGGGAGGAAUAUCUUGAAGUUGCAUUUCCUUAUAUCCCCCUGCUGAUUCUUGGAUUCUUCCUUCGUUAGAGCAGCUUGCAAGGUUAUUAGAUGCGUCGCUUUGUGUUGAGAAAAGAUCUACACAUCAGAUCCAGACUCUCUGAAUCAUCCUCUGCAAUGGCUCGUGGGUUGCUUCAGAUCCUGAUUAUCUCUUCUCUUCAUCUGGUUUCUCUGUCAAGUCAACAAGAGACAAGGUUUGUCUAUGAAAACUCUAACUCCCAAGAAAUUCUUUAUCUAGACGCUUCUGCAAAAGUACUUCCCAAUGGAUUAUUGCAGCUCACAAACGAUUCAGAUCAUCAAAUAGGCCGGGCAUUCUACAAGAAACCAAUUCAUUUCAGUUCCUUCUCAACACAUUUCGUGUGUGCUCUGGUGCCUAAGCCACCUGUUGAAGGUGGCCAUGGUCUUGCCUUUUUAGUAUCUUCUUCUCUGGAUUUCUCGCACGCACAAGAUUCAAGAUUCUUGGGGGCUUUCAACGCGUCAGCAAAUGGAUCUCAAGCUCUUGCUGUUGAGCUUGACACUAUAUGGAACCCUGAGUACAAAGAUACCGAAGGUAGAAAUCACAUUGGUAUUGAUGUGAACACUCCUUUGUCUGUCGAAGUAGCUCCGGCGUCUUACUAUUCAGACAAGAAAGGGAGAAACGAAAGCAUGAACCUCUUGAGUGGAAAGCCUAUACAGGUCUGGGUAGAUUAUGAUGGCACUAUGCUCAGUGUCUGGAUCGCACCUCUUAAAGUCCAGAAGCCAAGUCGGCCUCUUUUGUCACACCCAAUCAACCUUUCAGAGAUUUUUCCUAAUAGAUCCAAACUGUUUGUUGGCUUCUCUGCAGCGACAGGGAACGCAGUGAGUGGUCAUUAUAUUCUUUGGUGGAGUUUUAGCACAAGCAGAGGAUCACUGCAUAGACUUGACAUCUCAAAACUUCCUAAAGUUCCUCAUCCUAGAGCUCCACAUAAGAAUCUGCCUACAUGGAUUAUUAUCCUGGUUGUUUGUGUGGCUGUUGCGGUUUUGGCUUUUCUUGCAGGAGUUUAUGUCCUCAGGAGGAAGAAGUAUUCUGAAGUUUCUGAAACAUGGGAGAAGGACUUUGAUGCACAUCGGUUCUCUUACAAGUCCUUGUACAAAGCAACAAAGGGCUUCAGCAAGGAUGAGUUCCUCGGAAAAGGUGGCUUUGGUGAAGUCUAUAGAGGAGAUCUUCCACAAGGCAGAGAAAUAGCAGUGAAGAGAAUCUCCCAUAAUGGUGAUGAAGGUGUAAAGCAAUUCGUGGCUGAAGUGGUGAGCAUGAGAUGUCUGAAACACAGGAAUCUUGUUCCACUUUUCGGGUAUUGUAGGAGAAAGCGGGAACUCCUUCUUGUCUCAGAGUACAUGCCCAACGGUAGUCUUGAUGAGCAUUUGUUUGAUGAGACGAAACCGGUUCUUUCUUGGUCACACAGACUUGGGGUUGUUAAAGGAAUUGCUUCUGCUUUGUGGUACCUGCACACAGGUGCUGACCAAGUUGUUCUGCACCGAGAUGUUAAAGCUUCUAACAUUAUGUUGGACGGUGAGUUCAAUGGUAGGUUAGGAGAUUUUGGCAUGGCCAGGUUUCAUGAACACGGAGGCGAUGCAGCCACAACAGCUGCUGUGGGAACAGUGGGGUACAUGGCACCUGAGAUAAUCACAAUGGGAGCUUCUACUGGAACUGAUGUUUACGCCUUUGGUGUUUUCAUGCUUGAAGUAACCUGUGGUAGAAGACCAGUGGAACCGCAGUUGGAAGUUGAGAAACGACAUAUGAUCAAAUGGGUUUGUGAGUGUUGGAAGAAGGAAGCUUUGCUUGAUGCCACUGAUCCAAGGCUGGGAGAUGAGUUCUCACCAGAGGAAGUCGAGAUGGUUAUGAAACUCGGUUUGCUAUGUUCAAAUAUCGUCCCAGAGUCUAGACCUACGAUGGAACAAGUGGUCUUAUACCUUAACAAAAACCUGCCACUGCCAGAUUUCUCACCGUACACAGUGGGGAUCGGCACAUUUGCUCCGGUUCUGGUUGAUGCAGCUUCCCUCGUAGUUUCGUCCGCUUCAUGGAGUUGGUCAGCACCCUCGAUGUCUUCUUCUGCAAACCACUCACCUUAUGCUGGUCAGUCAACAGAUCAGCCAUGGGGACAGACAAUAGAGACUAAGAACUCUCUUCACAUUGUUGCAACACCAGAGAAGCCCAAGACUCAGACUUUCUAACCAGCAUGCUAAAACUGUCAUGCCGCAUACGGAAGAGUUUAAGUUCAAUCUUUCCAGCAUCAGCAGUCAGAGGUAAUUCCUGAUUUGCAUUCAUAUCAACAAACAGAUCCUUAGUAGCUCUCAAGAUUGUUCUAGUAGUCAGUUUCACUACUCCCAGUAUACUCAGUUUGUCCCUUUGCAACAUGUUUAUCCACUUGAUGAUAUGAUUAUAAACACAUAGUUUACAUUUAAUCUCUGUUACAGAAGUCAAGUUUCUCUAUAGAAUAAAUGUUUGUAGUAUGUGGGAAAGAAACUGGAUGUGGUUACGGAAAUAUGUAUGAUUAUUAUUGAAAUACGAGUUUUAAAUUGUUGGAAUUUUUAUUGUAUUUGAGGGAAAAUGGUAAGCAACAAAUGAUGCGACGAUUGGAUAACAGUCACACCUACGAGAGACAGACAAAUAUAGUAGUUGAGACUGACAACCAGUUUAUGCUGUGUAUUAUCAUAUUAUGUCAGCCGUUGUAUUACAUUAUUUUUGUAGUCAUGUUGCAGAAGAGAAUGACCAUGUUUUAGUGGUUGUCUCCUCUCAAAGAUCAGGUUUAGUGAUAUGAGUAUGUUGUUCAUGUGAGGAUGUAUUCUCCUGCAACUGUUGAUCAGAAUUAAGAAUAUCCUAAAGGGUUAGGCUGAUAAGGUAGGACCUGAUUAACUAUAGUUUCCAUCAGUUGUUAUAUUCAUCACCUAAAGAACGUUCGUAGUUGUCAUGCAUAUGCCAUGAUUUCCUAGGCUUCUUCCGUUUGGUCUGGCCAAUAAUUGUGUCGAAG